GAUUAAAUUUUUUUUUAUUCUGGAGAAAGUAUAAAAGAAUUAAGUCUAUUUGCGUAUUCGUACCUGCUUUCUUUAAACAGUGACACCUAUUGAAUUAACAUUGAAGUGAUUAAAUUAAUCGUAGAAACCUGCAUUAUCGUUGCUUUUAGAAAAUGGCGGAUAGGAUAAAAUGCUGAUGUGAAAAUGUUUUUGAUACCAACCAAUUUGAUAAAUAUUUACACACGUUCGCAAUACACGAACAUAAAUACAGUUUAGUGGAAGCUUAAUUUUUAUGACAUAGCUAAAAAAGUUGGGAAACCUAUAUAGAGAGAGAAAACACCGCAAUCCGCAAUGGGCCCAGCAAAGGGUUUGGUUCUUUCACUACAUUGACUAUUUUACAUUUUUUUUUCGAAAGUGCGCGACCAAAAAAACGUUUAUCGAGUGUUGUGCGCGUUCGAAAAAUGUUUAAACAAAUGUGUUAAUCAUAAACUAUUAACAGGAAACGACUAUGACUAGUCAUAAUCUACACAACUCUUCUCUUACACAGAGGUAUCAGCCCCUUGAUUAUAGACACUACCAAGACAACGGCGACCAAUGGUCAACAACUAGUGCACCACCAACCGUCCCUGCAAGGGGUAUUAAAAGAAAUAACCCAAACGAUUGUACACGUAACACCGAUAUAAAUUCUAGAGUCAUGCUAGAAAAUUGGCAUUCUGAUAAUAAUGCCAUGGAUAUGGAUGUUUUGCCUCAAACUCAAAUUAACAUGAACAUCGACUGCAACAAUAAAAACCAAAUUGGUAAUAACGAACAUGACGUUAAUGUGAAUAGAGUGCAAACACCAAAUAAAGUGGAUGCCGUCUUUCAUACGAUGCCUUGGUUUCAUGGAAAAAUAACUAGAGAACAAGCCGAAAAUCUUCUAAAACCACGAAUAGACGGUUUAUUCCUUAUUCGCGAAUCAACAAAUUUUCCGGGUGAUUACACACUGUGCGUUUGCUUUCAAAAUAAAGUUGAACAUUACCGCAUUAAAUACCACGAGCGAAGUCUUACGAUCGAUGACGAGGAAUUUUUUGAUACUUUGGAGAAAUUGAUCGAACAUUAUAAAAGUGACGCAGACGGUCUUUGCACAAAACUAAUCAAAUGUCUCUCUAAGGAAACGAUCACUCCUAAAAGUGACGAUUUAUUUAUUAUACCAGAGCAAGAUAUUGAGAUGUGUGAACCAAUAGGGAAAGGCGAAUUUGGCGAAGUAAUGUUAGGUAAAUGGAAGAAAGAAAAAGUAGCCGUAAAAAUGUUGAAAGAUUCGAGUGAAGCGGAAGCGAUAUUGAUGAAAUCGCUUCGACACGAGAAUUUGGUCAAUUUAUUGGGCGUCGUUCGCAAAAAGGGUCAGAUCUAUCUGGUGACGGAGUACAUGAGUAAAGGCAGCUUGGUGGAUUAUUUGCGGUCGCGGGGUCGACUUCACGUCACGCGGAAGGAUCAGAUCAAUUUUGCGUACGACACCAGCGCCGGAAUGGAGUACUUGGAACGGAUGCACGUCAUCCAUCGCGACCUCGCCGCGCGAAACGUCCUUAUCGCCGAAAACGGCAUUGCCAAAGUUUCCGAUUUUGGUUUAGCUCGCAAAGAAAAAUAUCUUAGCGUUGAAUCAGCCAAAUUACCUAUUAAAUGGACUGCACCUGAAGCUUUAAAACAAAAUAAAUUCUCGAAUAAAUCCGAUAUGUGGAGUUUUGGAAUUUUAUUAUGGGAAAUUUAUUCGUUUGGAAGAGUUCCAUAUCCACGAAUUCCUUUAGCAGAUGUGGUGAAACACGUGGAAAAAGGGUACAAAAUGGAAGCGCCCGAAGGUUGUCCGUCAGAAAUUUAUGAAAUAAUGCGACAAGCGUGGGAUUUGAAUCCGGAAAAUAGGCCGAAUUUCGAAGAAGUUAAAUUGAAAUUGGAGGUGCUUCGGCAACAAACUCCCCUUUGAGUUACUCGAAAUUAGUGCAUUUUAAGAAUGAGAAUAAAAAUACAAACGGUUGCGGUUCUCCUAAGAUUACAUUCGACCGACUUUCGUUA